AUGGCGUUGUCCAGCUGCUUGUGGCUCUUGGCUCUCGCUUUCCUGCUGGGUUCCUGCACUUCCCUGGCGCUGGGGCAUCUCGACCCGCCGGCUCCCCUGCCGCUGGUGAUCUGGCAUGGGAUGGGAGACAGCUGUUGUAAUCCCUUAAGUAUGGGUGCUAUUAAAAAAAUGGUUGAGAAGAAAAUACCUGGAAUUCACGUCUUAUCUUUAGAGAUUGGGAAGACUCUCAGAGAGGAUGUGGAGAACAGCUUCUUUUUGAAUGUCAACUCCCAAGUAACAACAGUGUGUCAGAUUCUUGCUAAGGAUCCUAAAUUGCAGCAAGGCUACAAUGCUAUGGGGUUCUCCCAGGGAGGCCAAUUUCUGCGGGCAGUGGCUCAGAGAUGCCCAUCACCUCCCAUGGUCAAUCUCAUCUCAGUUGGGGGACAACAUCAAGGUGUUUUUGGACUCCCUCGGUGCCCAGGAGAAAGCUCACACAUCUGUGACUUCAUCAGAAAAACACUGAACGCAGGGGCUUACAACAAAGCUAUACAGGAACGCCUGGUGCAAGCAGAAUACUGGCAUGACCCCAUCAAGGAGGACAUAUACCGCAACCACAGCAUCUUCCUGGCAGAUAUUAAUCAAGAGAGAGGUGUCAAUGAGUCCUACAAGAAAAACCUGAUGGCCCUCAAGAAGUUUGUGAUGGUGAAAUUCCUCAAUGAUUCCAUCGUGGACCCUGUGGAUUCUGAGGACCGCCUGGGGCUCAAGGCAAUGGACAAGGCUGGACAGCUGGUGUUCCUGGCUCUUGAAGGUGACCACCUUCAACUGUCCGAAGAAUGGUUUUAUGCCCACAUCAUACCCUUCCUUGAGUGAAACCCUUGUAGUCUGAACCAGAGCUCAGGGAACCCCUCCCACUUCCAAACCAGUUCCCUCUAUGCCCAAGCCUGAGCUCAGAUCCAGCUAGCAACUAAUCCUUUUCUUUAGUCAUCAUCGAACAUGCCCUGCUUGGAAAGAUCCAAGAUACGAGUCUUAUCCUUUGCCUCAUCCUAUCAGCAGAUGGUGUGGAAUGUCAGUUUAAUUAGCUAACAGCCGUGGAGCUUGUCUUACCACCUUUGAUAUGGUCAGACUCUUUUAGGAAUCAGGAGUUUGCUGCAGGUCAGUGCCAGAGCUUUGCCCAGGCCUGGAAGAGACUGAACAAACUAAACCAAUGAGAUAGUCUAAGAUGAAUGACUUUCUCAGGAAAAUCUAGCCGCAUCUCAAGCCGAGGGUCCAAUACCCAGGCCUGAGGUAUUCACAUAAAAUGCUUUCUUAACUAUUCUGGUGAUAAGACCAGUGCUUGGAAAAGUAUUGCUUGGCUAAUGCAACCAUGUAAUUUCUUUAAGGCUGCCCUCCUCUGAGUAUGUUACUUUCUGUGUGUCUUGGGUAUUAUUUUACAAAUUCUGGCAGCCCACGAUCUUGCCUUGAUAGCACUGUCUCCUUAGGUAGUGAUGAAUUAGUUGCUCUGUCACAAAAGGAGGGAAGUAGCACCCAGUCGGAUUGCUUAAGGCAGGAAGUAUACAUAUUGCUAAACUCAGAUGGGGACGGUAGGGAGGUUUAAAGAAAAAUGUAAAAAUUUAAAAAGGAGGCGGUAGCUGGCUCUUUCCAUUCCACCCUUGAUAAAGCUGUCCCUUCUGAAUAUGACUGGUGGUCUGGAUUCCAGAGUUACUCUAUUGCUGGCAUUAGCGAAGACUGGGAGGGGAAAAAAUGUGAACAGAUCAGGCUUUCUAACUUCUAUCUCAAAAAUGUGUAUUACCAGCACACUCCAAACUGCUUCUGAUGUGUUCUGUGAAAAAAAGAUUGCUCAAGAAAGCUUAGGGAACAUUCCAUAACCCUUUUCUCUUGGAGACCUACCCACCUUAGAAUAUUAAGGACUCUUGAGAAUUUCUGCUAAAGACAUCUUAGCCCGACUCCCUUACCCCAUGUAAUCCUAGCACCACUUUUGGAAGACUGUUCUGCAGAAUGCUCCGUCUGUGGAAACGAUUAGCUGCGUCUGAGGGAAGCACUUUAUUGAGUGCUACAAAGUUUACCUUCUGGUUUUCCUUCAUCUUUCAAGACUUUUCAACUAAAACAAGGGGAUGAAAGGCAAGAAGUGGGGACGGGUGAAAACAAUUUUAUGAAGUUGUCUAAAAUAAAGAGUAG